AUAUGUAAAGUCCGUGCCAAACUUCGGAGUGAAGAAGUUUCAACGAGUUUCAAAAGCACGGUAUUGUGUUUCUAACGGGAUAAGUUACAAAAAGGAAAAAGAAGGGAAAAUCUGAUGGAACCUGUUGGUUUACCACAAGUCAAAUCUGUUGACGGAAGGGAUGUCCGCACGAAAGAGGAUGCUUGUCAGAUUUUGGAGCUGGCCACAAUUAAAGAGUCCGAUUUAAAUCCUGUGACGCAGUGUCUGUAUCCCAUGCAGGAAGAUAAGGUUGACGAUUUGAUAUUAUUGGAGGUAGACAAGCAUAUAUUGAAAGCGCUGAGUGAGGGCGAUACAGUAUCGUUCCGUGGCAACAAGCAUGACGAUGCGAUGUUGUGCACAAAAGAUCGCACCUACGAAGUGAAGGAAGCAGAGAUCUCCAACUCGUGGCUGUUGGUGCCAAACUUGAAACUCAGCAAGACGACAAGAACGGAGGAUGCAAUUGAGAGAACGACAGAGAGGCGAGAUAUAAAGAAAAUAUUUAACUCGUACUAUGAGGUGAAAGAAACCAAACCUAAUCUGGCAAAUUUGUCCACCAUUCUCGGCUCAUCAUCCUUCAAUGGAUUAGAAUAUGAAUCUAUGAUAGAUCCCAGCACUUUAUAUACUUGGGAGAGAUUACAAGGCGAGUUACAAGCUAGCGAUUGCGAAUUGAAACGAGCCUUAACAGAUUUUUUAAUAGCUGACAUAGAUGGAUAUUUGCGUCGCAUAUCAUUUGAUGUUGAAGCAAGAAGCCUGAAUUUAAUGUUGGAUUACUUCGGCGAACAAUCUUGGCAGAUUGAUGAGGUAGAUAAGGAAAGCACAUACGAAUGCCUAAAGGAGCUUAUUUAUGAGCCAGUGUUUAAUUCUAUAUUCGAAAGCUAUGCAGAAGUAAGCACAAAUGUAAAAGAUGACGGUAGUCCAUUGUACAAAUAUAACGAAGAGAAGUGCUGUGCGAUGAUAGCAAAGAUUCUUCUUGCGGCCUCUCCGACCACCGAGUAUAAAGAAUUUAUGGAAACGUGGAACAUUGGUACCCCAGAAAAGAUGCAGCCGAAAGAAGAGUAUUUAUGCGGAUUGGCUCUUGUAACGUACAACACCUCAAAAAUGCAGAAGGAGGUGAUAUCUUGUCCGGAAGUGGAUUUACCCAAUAAUAUACACGAUAGGCUCAAUGAACUUUUCCAAAUCAAAGCUAAGUGGACUGCCGAGGAGAUUACACCUUACAUCGUGCGUUUUACAAAAGAUACAAUGAACGCUAAUGCACUUUUAACGAAGUAUACCAGGUGUUCAACGAAAAAUGGGAUAAAGUACUACGGAUCGAAGCAUGGCAAAUGAUAUUGUAGCAACUACACACGUUCAUGGUACGCAUACUGCAAUUAUCUUACGAUAAAUGUACUAAUGUACACGUCAUCGAUGCCGGUACAAUAUUUUGAGACUGUUUGUAAUGCUGAAAUCAUACGCGCAGUUUAUUUUGCUUGUGAACAUGAUACAUAGUUACAUUUACACAAUUUAUAAAUAUUUUUAUAAAGAUCAAAUGAGA